UAGGAAGAUGGCUGUUGAACGGUGUCUACUCUCGGUGAUAACGAUUUCGAUCGGUUUGUCGCCGAUUUUCGCGUGGAAUCCCGAUAUUCACCGUUACGAGAGCUACGAUCUCGAAAGGGGGCCAGUCUUCUACGAAGCCUACUAUCCAGACAGCAACGAAGAUUCACGUUCCAAUUAUCAGGAGAAAUUUUACUUCGAUCGUGGUACAGUCCUGGAGAAAACCUACCAAUUACCAUCAGAACGUCUCCCCUAUCAAGAGAACAACGUUCAACUGGACAACUAUCAAACAAGACCAGACAAUUACCUUCAAAACGACGAUAGGUUUACUCUUGAGACGAACACUCAGCCUCUGGACAUAAAAGAGAUCUCGAAAAUAGCCAGGAGGGCGAUAUCCAGGGAUCUGGAAAAUUGGAACACCAUCGAGAAUUAUCUGGAUCGCGCCAAAUAUCAAGAUCCCGUGUAUCGGCGACGUGUCGUCGUUCCCGAGCAAGGAUACAGAUUGGAACAACCGAUUCACGGUAUAGGGGCGAAUUUACAAGACCCGCUGAAGCCACAGCGCGAUUUAAGGAGGGAUUUAUAUGAAGAAGUUCGUGAGGAACCUUUGAGUUUACCCAAUCGCGUUCAAUCAAGCGAGAAUCAAAAAGAUUCGAGCGUGAUCAGAAGACUGACUGCUCGUGACAUAGGCAGAGAUUCUGUAGGUGGUUUCAGACCGAUUCGUUAUGAGAAUCAACUGCCACGCGAACAGGAAGUAGUGCAGGCUGUUAGAACGAACGAGAUGAAUGUUGCUUCACUGAAAGAUACGAAUCCAGCGAAUUCUAGAUCGAUCUUAGACCCUUAUCCAACGGAGAAUAUCUUUGCACCACGACCGCAAGUGAUUAAUUAUAUCUUCUCGAGGAAACCAGAAGUGACCACAGAGAACAAGGUGCAGAGCGUGUCUGAGGCGAAGGAAACGAGUGAAACUAUACCGAGGAAUUACGGAGAUAAUUUAAUUCAGGAUGAAAUAAAGAAGUCAGAGGAGGAUAAAGAUGUGAAGGUAACAUCUAUUGAAGUUAGCGAGGUGCCUAGGCAUAAGACGCGCCAUCAUCACGGCGAGUGGCCUAAACGUGACUACUCACGUCGUCAUCAGUCAUAA